AUGUGGCCGGCGCUGUGGGCGGCGCUGCGCACGUACGCGCCGUACGUGACCUUCCCGGUGGCCUUCGUGGUGGGCGCCGUGGGCUACCACGUGGAGCGGGGCCUGCGCGGGCGCGCGCCGCCGGGGCAGGAGCAGGAGGAGCAGGAGCGGAGCAUCGCGGAGCGGCGCGAGGAGCGGCGGCUGCGGGAGCUGGCGGGCGCCGAGCUGCCCGAGGUGGCGAGCCUCAAGGACAGGCUGGAGUUCGCGCCGCGCGCCGUGCUCGACCGCAACCGGCCCGAGAAGAGCUGA